AUGCCCUCGCCUGAAAAUGUGCGUCGAAUGAUCUUGACAGCCUCUGUGGUCUCGAUCACUAUUGCUGGGACUCUCUAUGGGGCUGGUUUGAAGACGAACCAAGAGAUUGAACAGACAAAGCGCAAACGUCACGAAGCUACUUUUGAUGAAAAGAUGGCUGCCCUCCAGGGAAUGCGGUCGAAUCUCACAGCCCGAAAAGGAAUGAUCGAGGCGCAAAUUCGUGACCUAGAUACCCGGAUCAAAGAAAAGAAACAAAGACAAGCAGUGGGCAGCGACAAAGAGAGACCACAAGAAGGCCGGUGA